UAUAUAUAUACCGGUAAUAAUCCACUUCAAUUCUCCAGGAGUCAUCGUGAACUCGAAAACCACCAAGUGCUUUUACCGACUCUCCUAACUUCAAAAUGCGAUCUGUAUUUGGAUUUUUCUGCACCCUGUCCGCUCUCCUAUCCACAUGCUAUUCUCUGUCGUGUACAAAGUGUUUCAGCUUGACUACAGAUUUUUGCACCGGUCCCAGCAUCACCUGUCCUGCCGACCAAGUCUGUGCAUCGUCCUACACGAUAACUAUUGCAAGAGGAGUUAGGGUGUCCCAGGUAUAUUCUAGAGACUGCGUUGCCAAGCAAUACUGCACCAUGAAAGGAAGCAUGGGAUUUGCCCAAAACAGCCGUUCAAGCAUGAGCAUUACCUGCUGCUCUACCGACAAUUGCGAACCUCCACAACCCACACUACCGGCUGAAAACAAUUGGGCCAACGGAUUGGUCUGUCGCAGUUGCAUUUCUCCAGACUCUCUAUGGUGCUACACGGAUGAUACCAUACGGUGCACCGGAGACGAAAACAUGUGUCUUCUUCAAACUACAAAAAUUAUAGGAUCCGUAUCAAGUUCUAUAGCAUUGCGUGGAUGCGCCACUAAAAACAUCUGCGAUUUCGGGAGACAGGCUGUGACAACUGAUCAGGUCAGCAUCAACAUAAACUUUCAGUGCACCAGCGGAAGCGUUGGCGUCUUCGGCGGGAUCUUCCUUCCCCUUCUUGGUAUUGUGCUGACUAAACUCCUGUGUUAAAAAUGAUUGCCCCGCUGCUUCAAUAAAUUUGUAAGUCUCUUAA